AUGUCAGAACUUGUGUGAAUUUUUAUCGAAUCACAAGUUGUAAAAAAUAAUGGCGGAAAGUGUGGUGUAAUAGUUACAGUCAGCCCAACUUUAUUGUUUUACCAUUUAAACUGGCACCGACGCGAAGGUAUCUAAAUGAAGAGGAAUUAAUUCAUAGUUUAAAUCAAAUCACGAGAGACGAAUGAAAGAAGCUCAACCCCAUUGAAAAGUCAAGCCUGCGAAGUGCAUCAUUACAGACGUGGAUGGUGCUGCGACUGCAGCAAAUUCAGGACCACUGACCUACAGUAAUGCCGAUCCAUAGGGGCUCAGAGACUCCCACGACGAUUGAGGCAGAAGAGCUGCCCGAGAGCCAGAAAAAAAGGCGGCUUCACGUGACGACUCUGGAGUCUGUGCUGGGAGGGGAGGAGGGGGGGUGUGUGUGUUCCUCUCUCUCAGCCGGUUCUAGCUGUCGCAAGGCGCCCAGCCAAAAGGGUGUCCUAGGAUUUUACACCACAAAGUUACCACUGCCUGCCAGAGACCUUCCGUUCGCCUUUUACGGAUUUUCUUUAGGAGCGCCCCACUUAUUAUGCGCUUCAAUGGAUGCAAGCAGUCUUUUGCUUAGCAUGGGAGAUGAGGACCAGUCCAUUCAUGUCCGAUACAGGAUGGAGGCCUCCUGCCUGGAGCUGGCCCUGGAGGGGGAGAGGCUGUGCAAGGUGGGCGACUACCGAGCUGGCGUCUCCUUCUUCGAAGCGGCCAUCCAGGUGGGGACGGAGGACCUUCAGAUCCUCAGUGCCAUCUACAGCCAGCUGGGGAACGCAUACUUCCACCUCCAUGACUACAACAAGGCCAUGGAGUUCCACCGGCACGACCUAACCCUCACCAGAACUAUUGGGGAUCACCUUGGAGAAGCCAAAGCCAGCGGUAACCUUGGUAACACUCUGAAGGUUUUGGGGAGGUUUGAUGAUGCAGUAGUCUGUUGCCAGAGGCAUCUGGAAAUCUCCAGGGACUUACAUGACAGGGUGGGGGAGGCCCGAGCACUCUAUAAUUUUGGGAACGUUUUCCAUGCCAAAGGGAAGAGCAUCUGCUGGAGCGGGGUGGACCCAGGAGACUUCCCAGAGGAGGCCAUGACGUCCCUCCGCAGAGCAGCUGAGUACUACGAGGCAAAUUUGUCGAUCGUCAAGGAGCUAGGGGAUCGGGCCGCACAGGGCCGCACAUAUGGUAACCUUGGAAACACACACUACCUGCUGGGAAACUUCCGGAAUGCAGUUGCGUCACACGAGCAGCGUCUUCUCAUUGCCAAGGAGUUUGGGGACCGAUCGGCGGAAAGAAGGGCGUAUUGUAACCUGGGGAACGCCUACAUUUUCCUGGGGGAAUUCGAAGUGGCUGCUGAACACUACAAGAGGACCCUCCAGCUAGCACGGCAGCUGCAGGACCGAGCCGUGGAGGCCCAGGCAUGCUACAGCCUGGGGAACACCUACACUCUGCUGCAAGACUACGAGAGGGCCAUCGACUACCACCUCAAACACCUCAUCAUCGCGCAAGACCUCAACGACAGGAUUGGGGAGGGGCGUGCUUGCUGGAGUUUAGGGAAUGCCUACACAGCCCUUGGAAACCAUGACCAGGCUAUGCAUUUUGCAGAGAAACAUCUGGAAAUCUCCAGAGAGACGGGAGACCGCAGUGGAGAGCUGACAGCCAGGAUGAACGUCUCUGACCUCCAGACGGUCCUGGGGCUCAGUUACAGCACCAACGCCUCGGUGCUGUCUGAAAACAAGGAGAUCGACUAUGCCGUGCACGGAGCGAGGCCGAGGUCGGGCCGGCGGCACAGCAUGGAGAACCUGCAGCUGAUGAAGCUCACGCCCGACAAGAACGGACCGAAAUGGAGCAGCGAUAUCCUGUCCAAGCCGUCCAAACCCACCCUGUCCAAGACGUCCUCCAAGCUGUCCUUCGUCAACCGGUUCAGGAGCCGGAAGCAGAAGAACGCAGGCUCCUCGGCCAAAGUGCUGCAGGACAGCAGCAACACCCUGGACUCGCAGGCCGAGACGCAAGGCCCCCAGAAGAAGUCCAGUCCGGACAUGUUGGGCGACGAGGGCUUCUUCGACCUCCUCAGCCGUUUCCAGAGCAACCGCAUGGAUGACCAGCGCUGCUCCAUCCAGGAUAUAAAGAGCCGCCUCUCCGCCCCACCCUCCCCGCCGCCCAGAGGCAUGAGGAAAUCCCGCUCAGAUGACGUGGGCUCCCCAGGCCGUGACCAGCUUCUGAAUAUGGUGGCCAGCUCCCAGAGCCGUCGCCUUGACGACCAGCGGGCGAGCGGUGGCAGUUUCCCCGGACUGCGGCUCAACCAGCAGAACAGCCACUCGGUCCUCAACCACCUGAUGGCCAGCGCUGACAACACCGAGCCGGACGAAGACUUCUUCGACAUGCUCGUCAAGUGUCAGGGCUCCAGGUUGGACGACCAGAGAUGCGCUCCACCCCUGCUGACCUCCAAGGGCCCCACGGUGCCGGACGAGGACUUCUUCAGCCUGAUCAUGCGCUCGCAGGCCAAGAGGAUGGAUGAGCAGCGCGUCACACUGCCCUCAAGUGCCCAGCGGUCCAGCUCAGACUGAACCGGCCCGGCACACGGGUCUUCACCCAGGCAAAGGGCUCCUCUGCAGUUCCCCAGAGGGACGUGGUGUAUGCUCCUGGUGUCAGAGCCACAUGAACUCAACUUUUUAUACUGCGCCAGGAGGGUAGAAAGAACUCUCCCAGUGAUUUUUAUUACUGUACAGAAUUUCAUAAUACUCCUCGCCUCUUGGGAUGGUACAUCCUAAGAUACAAGACUGCAGUUUUUAUUUGUAUUUAUUCGAUGUUUUUUGUAAUGUAGCAAGCUCUUGCUAACUGCCGUUUCAUUUCACCUCUGGUUGUGUAUGUGGUUUUUCACCAGGUUCUCAGUGGUAGUUUUAUGAAAAGGUACAGCACUGUAAUUAGUGUUGUUUUUUUAUCUUCUGUAUGCUUGUGUGCAGCUAGGGGGUGUGGAAGUGAGGAAGAGAGGGAACAAAAAAAAAAAAGUAUGGAAAUGGUAAAACAAUGAAUUUAUUAGCACAUCUCCUAUGGUGCUCUUUUAUACUGCACAUUUUAAAUGAAAUUAUGGAGGAAUAAAACCUCAUCUUAUCAACAUAA